CAACACUCUCGUUCAUUCCAACGGCCGGUUUCAGCCGAGGAGCUUGGCCUCCCGUUCCUCCCGGCUUCCCUGUCGAACAGCUCCCACAUCGCGCAAGGGGUGAACUUCGCCGUCAAUGGCGCCACGGCGAUCGACGUCGGCUUCUUCGAGAGGAACAGGCUGGUGCAGUUUAAGCUUCUGAACAAUUCACUGGAUGUGCAGCUGGGUUGGUUCGAGAAGCUAAGGCCGUCUCUUUGCAACACCAACAAAGGGUCCCCGGGCUGUUUCAGCAGAUCACUCUUCGUCGUCGGGGAGUUUGGCGUCAACGACUACAACUUCAUGUGGACGGCCAACAAGAGCCAGCACGAAGUGCGAUCGCACGUGCCGAAAGUCGUGAAGACCAUUGCCUCCGCCGUGGAGAGGCUCAUCGGCGACGGCGCGGCGCACAUCGUGGUGCCGGGGAACCCGCCGACGGGGUGCCUGCCGGCCAUCCUCACCCUCCGGCAGAGCCCCGCCGCGGCCGACUACGACCGCGCCGGCUGCCUCCGCGGCGUCAACGACGUGGCCAGGCACCACAACGCGCUGCUCCGCGCGGCCGUGGGCGGCCUCAGGCUCAGGCACCCGCACGCCAGGAUCGUCUUCGCCGACUUCUACAGGCCGGUCUACAGGAUCCUCGAGAACCCGGGCCGUUUCGGCUUCGUCGUCGGCGACGUCCUGAAGGCGUGCUGCGGCGCCGGCGGCGGCGCCUACAACUGGAACGGCAGCGCGGUGUGCGGCAUGCCCGGGGUGGCGGCGUGCGGGGACCCGGCGGCGCACGUGAGCUGGGACGGGGCGCACUUCACGGAGGCCGUGAGCCGCUACGUCGCCAAGGGGUGGCUCCACGGGCCCUACGCUGAUCCGCCGAUACUGAGCGCUGUCCCGCGCUAG